GGUCCUGGAUGGAGGCCAGCAGGGUCAGUGAUCCUCUCUGACGUCUCUCCUGCUCCCUCUCUCCUCACAAUCUCAUAUAUUUAUUUUUUCCGGCUUUGAAAAGAGGACUAGAACCAACACAACAACAUAUCAGAACUUACAACCAGACUUUUCUUUUGAACUUCUUAAAAGUUGGACUUUUGUUCUUUGAAGCUUAUUUGUAUGUUGCUUGUAACUUUUCACCUUCUCUAAUUUGGAUGUUUUUCACCCCCUGACUGUGUGUCAUUACUGUGAGGUACAAUGGCUCUUGCAGUGCUUAAUCCACAAGUGAAAAGUUCCCUCAGUGGGAGUGCUUUUUUUGACCGCGGUUCUAUAGAGGAACAGGGAACUCCACCUCCGCUCCGUAGCUACCUUUGUUUGACUAUUUUUACCUGUUUUUGUCCUGCAUACCCUGUCAACAUUGUGGCUCUGAUCUUCACUAUCAUGUCCAGGAACAGCUAUUAUCAAGGUGACUACGAGGGAUCGAGGCGGCUGGGCAGGAAUGCUCUCUAUGUUGCUAUUGCCUCCAUCAUCAUUGGCCUUGUCAUCAUCGCUACCACCUGCAUCGUUCAUUUUACUACUAUGGAUUUUUAGUGCUGUGAAAGUGGAGGAGUGAAAUAAGACACUUGAACAGAAAACUCUGGGUGAUGAUGUCUGAUGGGGGCUCAGGUGGUUGGUUCAAACUGCACCAUCUGCCAGUGAAAGGACUCCAGUUUGACUCAUGUUUACGUCAAUACUUCACUUUCUCUUCGUCUUCUUCACAUGAACAAUCAAGGACUAUAAAAUCUUGUGAAUGUGUACAUUUCACUGAUUAAUGUCGAUGAUGCUUUCACUAAAAAAAAGGCAGCUUUCUACAAAUGUGCAGGGAAUUCAUGGUUUAGAGCUAAGUUUUUUUGUUAGGACAUAAACCCGAUUUUAGCUUUAAAACAUUACUAGUCCAACAUAACGACAAACGACCUAUAACUUAAUCAGAACUCAAACUUCGAUGGUGGAUUGCAAACCAAUGGCAGCAGCAAUGCCAUCUACCGCAGUACAGUAGAUGAUUGCUGUGCAAAAAAAAAAAAAAAUUCUAAUUCAUUAAUGACAUAAAACAAUAGACACAAAUAAUUCUAUUUGGUAUAUUUCAUUAUAUUAUUUGCAAUAUAAUAUCACCAUAGCAACAUAUCAUAAUGCAUGUUUUCAUUCGGCUGUCCUGGGCAUUACGUCAGCCUUUGUUUUUCCUGUGCCGACCAGAAGAUGUUGUCCAUCUGCCGUCUACCGUCUGCCUGAAUGUGCAUGAGUACAGCAUUAGUCUUUUCACUGACAUUGUUACUCUUCUCCACUUGUGCUGUUGCUACAAAAGUUUAGUAUCAUUUAGUAUCAUCCUCUAAUGGUUAUUUAGUUUUUGUUAAGUCUUUUUUGUUCAGAUGUGUCUCUUGUGAGCUUCCUAACUAAAUUGUUGAAGUGUCUUUUAAACUGCAAACUGCUAAACAUGUUCACACAAUUUCUAUCUUGUUACCGUCAGAAAUAUGUUAUUCCUGCUGUCAUGUUAUCUGACUAGUACAGUGUUUCCUGUGUGGUUAAACAUGUCACGACACAGAAGACUGUCAAAUCUGGCAUCAAAGCUAUGACAUAAACGCACCCUUUGAGAAGACACCUGUUGUCUACUCUUUUUAAAUGUUCACAAGGAUUAAAUGCACAAUUAUUACAAUUAGUUACAGAAACAGACUCUUGUCUGACAGCUUAUUUGAAAUAUUUUCAAUGAGUUGACUCAGAAACCUUUUUGAACACUGAAUCACAACCCGGCUUGCUGGGAAAUUUCCUUGGAGUUUGAUAUGUCAUACUAUACCCCCAGCUAAAUAUAGAAGACUUCUCCUCCUUGUUGCAGGUUGUCCAGCAUGUCACAUGGUCAUGCAGACGUGACCCUGUUGUGAGUUCACCGAAACAUGGAAAAAAGUGUCAUAAAAGGUGGAAGGAAAUAAAGUGAUCCGGUUCAAGCGGCAUCUCACUUUUC